AUGAAGCAGAGAGUCGAGCUUAUAAGCCACAGCCAGUAUCCUCAUGUCGCAGAUGUUAAUUUUACGGCUCUUGCAGAGAAAAGGCUCCAACCAGGAAAGCCGUUUAUAGAGCACACUGCUUUAGGAAAAAGUGAAAUAAAUCGUUGGCUAAAUAUUUUAAGAAGGCAGUUUGAUAUUUGGUUCCCUGAUACAAUAUCAACAAUGAAGCGAAGAUACAAUUUAGCGAAGAAAAACUUUAUCAAAGAAGUUUUCAGCUCAGGCGCAUUUAUUUAUCCAUUUCUGGGGUUUUAUGAGGUAUUGACAAAUCCUGUUUAUUGGAAGCACAUUUUUCUGUUCGCUCUUUGUUAUGCUAUAAUAUUUAUUACUAUUGCUGGCCUUUUUUACGUCGCUCUUGUGCCACUAUUAGUGACUUGGGCUAUUCUACUACUGGGUCCUCUUGGUGUAGUAUUGGUUCAUAUUCAAUGGAUUCUACAAACAAACGUACUGACUGCUUUUGUUUGUAGAACAUUGGUCUUGACUCAUAUUACGAACCAAAUAUUCGAUAUUUCUUUAGUGCUGCAAGAUCAAGACGAAUUCCUCAACGAGGCAAAGAUAUUGCCUAAACCACAAAGACCACAUAGAAAAAUUGAUGAACCCGACGCAGUGAGGAACUUCAACACCGUAAAGGGACACUGGGUUUUUAAAAUCCCCAGGUUAUUCUUCAGAUUUCUUUUCAAAAUGUCUAAUUUUACUUCAUUAACAUUGCUCUCGUUAAUUCCUAUCAUAGGACCCAUCCUGGCAAAUCAAAUAAUGGCUCCAAGGAGAACGUUUACGUAUUUGCAAAGGUACUUCCUACUAAAGGGGUUCACUAAGAAACAAGCUAAGGAUUUCCAGUAUGAGCAUUACGCAAGUUUUAUAUGUUUUGGGAUGUCUGCAGGCUUAUUGGAGCUCGUACCCUUCUUCACCAUAGUCACUAUUUCUAGUAAUACCGUCGGUGCAGCCAAAUGGUGUUCCUCGCUAUUAAGGGGAGAAAGGAAGGAAGAGUAA